GUAAGGUGGUUUAAUCAAGUUUUUAAUGGAGCAGACUGAAAAUUGUGUAAUGGAAGAGGAUAAUACUGGAAUUUCACAGAAUAUUGCAAGUUUGAUAAUGACGACGCCUCCGUCUGGAGUAAUGAUCCCGAACCUUAGUGAUAAACUUGAUAAAUUAUCUAAAAAGAUAGAGAAGGGCUCCCCUGAUCACGUUACCACAUCAAUAGACUCACCUAUAUUCCUGGAGUUUAUCUCAAAUAUCACAGCUGUAGAUCCUUCCAAAGAAUCUACUACAAAGUUAGAUAUCUGCCUGACCUGUUGGCAACAUCAGACUACAUAUCUACUAAAAAUGCACCAACAUCUUGGUCAUCAUUGCAUUAAGGCAAAUGCCAUCAAAUCAGGCUCUGAUUUCCUUGAUCUAGCAAAGCUAUAUUCCAAAGUCUCAGGUUCUUCAGUGACUCUUUUUGCGCCGUACCAGAAAACUUGUAGUUCUCGGACACCAAAUAAGAAGAUGGUGAAGCCACCUUCCAUGAUGAUGACUAAGAAAUCCAAGGAAUCAGUGACACCAAUGAAGGUUCCUGUUAAGAAAGGUGAAGCAGAGAUCAAGAAGAUACAGUUUAAUGAUCAAUUAAUUCAAAUGAUCCAACAGCUUUGUUCAAACCUGAAUGAGCUGAAAGAGAGCAUGGGCCAAAGAAUCAGUAAUGCUGUUGAAGGAUCUAUUCAGCCAGAGGCUAAGAAGGAGCUUCAAAAAGAUAUGGUGAUUACAGAAGCAGAUAAGGAGAAUGUACCAAUAAAGAAUAUAUAUUUAAGAUAA